AUGCCCUUUACACUGACGGUCUUACUCUCGCUGCUUCUCGGCGUCCUCGCGUCCUCUGACCAGGCCUGCUCCACCGACAGCGACUGCAGCCUCAACGGCAUGUGUCGCGAGGCCAUCUGUCACUGCGAUGCGGGAUGGAAGGCCUCAGACUGCGGCGUCCUCGACGUGCGUCCGGCCAAACGAACAGCCGGAUACAAUCUGACCGCCCGCGGCACGUCUUCCUGGGGCUCGACCAUUGUCCGGGAUCCGUGGGAUCCAGGUCUGCACCACCUCUUCGCUGCUGAGUUUACGCACGGCUGCGGCCUCGACUACUGGGCUCCGUACAGCCGCAUCGUCCGCGCAGAGUCGCGCUCUGGUCCCGCGGGCCCCUACGCCUUUGCCGCCGAGAUCCACGGCACCUUUUCCCACAACCCGACGGUCGUCUACAGCCCGGCUGACGAGCGCUGGCUGAUGUACUACAUUGGCUGCCGUGUUGACGUCGAUGCAGGCCGUUGCCUUGGGAGAAGGCUUACAUGCGGGCCCGGAAACGCCAACAAUGGCGAGAGCGGCAUCUCGGUCUCGACAAGUCGGGAUCUGCGACACUGGCGGCCCGAAGGCCAGGUCCUGAGAGGGCAAGACUCCAACACCUGGGACGCCACCGUCACGAACCCGUCAGCCUUCCCCUUGCACUCGGGCCACCGCCGGCGCUGCGGAAAUUGCCACGAUCAUGACACGCCAGCCGUGCUGCUGGCAUACCGCGGCUGUUCGUACAACUGCCUCGGGACCGAGCUGAUCAACAUGGCCAUUUCCAGCGCGGGCUACAAGGGCCCCUACACCAAGAUCCAGUCGCAGCCUCUCCUGGAAAACCCUGGCGAGGAUCCGUUCCUGUGGCGGGACAAGCGCGGGCACUUUCACAUGCUCCUGCACUCGCUCGAGCCAGGGGGCGGGUUUGGGAACGGCCCCAAGGUCGGGCGUCACGCUUGGGUGCACAACUAUACGGGCCCGUGGACGUUUGGGAGCAAGACGCUGGCGUUCAGCACCGAGGUCGAGUACGAUGAUGGCACCCGCGUCGACUUUUACCGCAGGGAGAGGCCGCAGCUGUUCUUUUCCGAUGAUGGCGAGAUGACGCCUUUACUGCUGACGACGGGGGUGCAGCCACGAGGCAGUCCCAUGAGCUACAGCGUCAUUGUGCCGCUGGGAGACCAAGGGAUGAGGUUCCAGGGGGUGAAGGCUGAUGCACGGAGGGCUAUGCUUGCCACUCCACGAAAAGAACUGACACCGGUAUAUUAA